GUGUCUUUGGCUGAGGUGUGUCAAGGGCUGGAUCAUUCUAACUUGUGUCUCUAGUUUACAAGGACUAAAAGUGAGUGACCUUGGUCCAGUUACCACAUGACAGCUUCCUUGAGGGCGAAAAGAGAGGGACUCUCCGUAUGUUACCUUGAGAUCCCUGGAGGCGCAGAGAAGGGCAAAGUACGGGUUUCCCCGCUGUCUGGGACGACAAGGCUUCUCCGAGGCCUCCAAGGGUUGGUUGUUUUUCAAAUGCACCGAGGGAGGAAAGUGCGACUGAGGAAAGCAGUCAGAGCUAGCCAGCCAGGGCCCCAGUCGCUCCCAGGCACCAGGGCUGACUCGGCGCUUUGUUCUCUCCCUUCCCUGCAGAGUCCGGCGGCUGCGGCAAGCCCAGCGCCUUCGGAGGGGGAGCCCCGGCGGCUGAGUGCCAUGGAGCGCUACCGGAACGCCACCGAGGUCCAGAUGAGCCAGAUGGUGCUGCCCUGCCACUCCAACUACCGCGGGGAGCUCAGCAUCGGGCAGCUCCUGAAGUGGAUCGACACUGCAGCCUGCCUGUCCGCUGAGAGGCAUGCUGGCUGCCCUUGCGUCACAGCUUCAGUGGAUGAUAUCUAUUUUGAGCACACAAUUAGUGUCGGGCAAGUUGUCAACAUCAAAGCAAAAGUAAACCGAGCUUUCAACUCAAGCAUGGAGGUUGGUGUACAGGUCAGCUAUGAAGAUAUUUGCUGUGGGAAACAAUGGAAUGUGUGCAAGGCAUAUGCAACAUUUGUUGCACAAGGCAAACUACCAACUAAGAUCAAGUUAAAGCCCUUGGUUCCUCAAACAGAGGAGGAAAAGAUUGAGUAUAGCAUUGCUGCUGAACGCCGCCGGAUGCGACUGGCCCACACAGACACAAUCAAAGACCUCCUCACUAACAGCCCUGUGCAGUCUGAGGGUGAGAACAGAGAGUGCAGCACUGUGGUACCUGCAGAACAGACAAGAGUAGAGAGUGUGGAACUAAUUCUGCCCCCACAUGCCAAUCAUCAGGGGAACACAUUUGGAGGACAGAUCAUGGCCUGGAUGGAAAAUGUGGCCACAAUAGCAGCAAGUCGGUUGUGCCAUGCUCACCCUACCCUGAAGACAAUCGAAAUGUUCCAUUUUCGAGGACCCUCUCAGGUUGGGGACCGCCUCCUUUUUAAGGCCAUUGUUAACAAUGCAUUCAAGAACAGCAUGGAGGUUGGGGUAUGUGUAGAGGCUUAUCGGCAUGAAAUGGAAGUCAGCCGAAGGCAUAUCAACAGUGCCUUUAUGACCUUUGUGGUCUUGAAUGGAGAUGGUCAGCCAUGCACACUGCCAAUGCUGAAACCAGAGCCAGGGGAUGGAGAGAGGAGGUUCAAAGAAGCUAGCGCUAGGAAAAAAAUUAGACUGGACAGAAAAUAUGUCACUUCCUGUAAGCACACAGAAGUACCUUUGUCUGUGCCUUGGGAUCAAAGUAACAAGGUUUACCUGAGUUACAACAACGUUUCUGCACUGAAGACUUUAGUUGCCAAAGCAAACUGGGUGCUUGCCUCUGAAAGAGACAAGGUCAAGAUAUACAUGCUGGAGGAGGAUAAGUUUCUCUCUAUCAGAAUAGAGAUGACUAUCUCCAUUGAUGCAACACAGGCCUUCCUGCUGCUUUCGGACAUGGGACGCAGGCAUGAGUGGGAUGAACACUAUGUGUGUGCUGAGCUGGUCCAACAAGUUGACAAAGAUGACAUGAUCUAUCAUGUAAUUAGUCGAACUAUCAGUGAGGAAAAUAAACCUCAGGACUUUGUCAUCCUAGCAUCACAAAGAAAACCUUGCAGCAAAGGAGAUCCAUAUGUUGUAGCAUUCAGGUCCGUCACAUUGCCGACACAGCCAGCAAAACCAGAGUACACUCGAGGCGAGAUCUUAUGUUCUGGCUUCUGUAUUUGGCAGGAAACAGAGGAGCUCACCAAGGUGUCAUAUUACAACCAAGCUACACCAGGUGUGCUGGCCUACAUCACAACGAAUAUUGCCGGGCUGUCCUCAAGCUUCCACUCCACUUUCCAAGCCUGUGAACAGUUCCUCCAGAAGCAUAAAGAGGAUGUCUCAGUAAGACUUCAGAAUCUUUAGCGGCACAGUUUUAUCUUUGUAUAGUCUCAUGGUAAAGAGGACUGUAAAUAUUCAAGUGACUGUAUUUGUGAGAGGAAAGAAACAGAAUUGUUCAAAUACAUAAAUUGCAUAGCCCAAGCUUGUGAUAGAGGACCGCCUUACGGGACUAUGAUCAAAAUGAGAAAUUGUAUCUGGGAAAAUAAUGAUUAGAAUCUUAGCGGUCAUGUGGUGUAUGCCUUCUCUGUUCAGGAAGCAACAUAGGACAAUUUUUCUUGGAUUUUGUAUGUCCUUAAUAUAUCUGUCUUGACUUCUUUUGAAGUCCUUUAUUUAAUUGGUAGGAAAACUUGAUUAUAAAGGCAUACAUUAAAAUGGAUCCCCCUUCUAUUGCCUUAUCCAGCAGAAAAGGUGCUAAAUCAGGAAGGUGAAAAAAAAACCUGUACAGGAAAUAACUUUUCAUAUAACAUUGGUGGAAGUGAAACUAAAGUGCCUUGUACCAAGGAAAUUAACAUUCACAAGCACCAAUAGUGCAAAUGCAUUGAAAGAAUUAUUUUUUUAUCGGAAGGGUUUACAGACUAUUACACAGGUGGUGGGUAUUCUGAGCAUUGAACUGCAUUGCAAUGCAUCUGCCUUCUGAAACCUUGGGCUACCUCACUUCUCUGCACUUUCCAUAAACACCGCAAGAUGUCAAAUGAUGUCACAUGUGAAGAGAACUGGAACAACUAGAAGUUCAGCAAUUCUGUAUGAAUGUCUUCUUAGUCUUCCUUGAAUGUGGGAUGUUGUCUCUUCUUUCUUGAUCACUCCAAACCUGAGAUUAUUUUGCUGCAAAGGAAUUGUUCUUACAGAAUUCUGGAAGAUACUUCUGUUUGUCUUUGAUCUCUACACAAUUGUGAACAGAAUAUAUGAUCACCAUUCUGUGCAUUCUGUUUAUUGCUAGAUCAGUCUUUUAUGAUCUUGCAUUAAUUUUGUCAGUUUUUCCUUCAACUGCCUUCCAUUGCUAGUCAAGAUUGUCUUAAGUUUGUUGAAAUAAAUGGCAAGAAACGUG